UAGAAGAAGAGUAUUGUCGUAGCAACCUGAAGCUUAUAGCGAAGGAUAACUGUCCACAGCUUUUGUAGAUAAGUAUAACAGAUGCAUAGAGGCGUUACAUUUAGCUUCUGCUUUGUCAUCUGUUAGAAACAAACUUCAAUGUCGGUGGUAAACAGUCUGGUGCCAGCCCGUUUCCUAACUCUCAUCGCGCACCUUGUAAUAGUAAUCAUCAUAUUCUGGUCCCGGGAGAACAGUGUCAGAGCCUGCCUACCACUGGACUACACGAAUGAAGAAUACAGGUUAGAGGACACACGCCUUGUUGUGGCAUUAUCCGUGACCCUGGGCCUGUUUGCUGUCGAGCUGGUUGGGUUCCUCUGUGGAGUCUCUAUGUUCAACAACAAUCAAGCUCUUCUAUCUAUUGGAUGUCACGCCAGUGGCUCUGUGGCUUUGCUCUUCUUCUUGUUUGAGCAAUGGACCUGCAGCAUCUACUGGUGGAUCUUUGGCUUCUGUAGUGUGAUUCCAGCACUAUAUGAGAUGGUCUUUUUUGUUGUAGUGUUUGGAUUUAAGAGGAAGCCUCUAUAGCGUCUCUGCCCUCUUGGUUCAGGCAAGUUGGAUAUUGUCCUUCCAUGACUGACGUACCAGAAUAUCCUGAAACCAGAGUAAUAUUCACUGGCACAAUAAAUUGGUGUUUUCCAUGAGGCUUCUCUGGAGGGUUUUUAGAUUGCUCAAUUAUGUUUGAAGGCUUUUUGAUGGUUUUAUGUGGUUACAAAUAACUACUUAAAAUUUCUUUCUUGAAAAUAUCAUAUUUUGUACACAUUGUGAUGAAUUAAAGUAUUUUGCAUUUUGAUAAAAC